AUGUGCCGCAAAUUGCAGAUACGCCUAACUUCCGAUAAGUUGAGUUUUGAUUUGAUACCUGACGUUACGAACAACGUAACACAUGCAACUAUCAUCAAAAUUAGUCGGGCAACCUCCUGGCAUUCGGUUGAGCUAGACUACAAGGCGGGCGAAAUUAAAUUCACUGUUGAUUACCAUCACACGCUAAGUCAAAUGUUCGGACUCACCUUUAAUAUUGGCGAUAAGGUAAUUAUCGGCAGCAGUUUAAAAUCAGCUGCGUCUGGUUUAGUGGGCUGCAUACGUGAUAUUGAAAUCAAUGGGCACCUAAUUGAACCACGUCAAAUUAUGAAAACAGAACGUGUGGUCGGUGAAGUCGCUCUAGAUAACUGCAAUUAUAUUGAUCCAUGCAAACGACCGAAUACCUGUGAGCAUGGUGGAACUUGUCACGUUAAAGAUGAUCGUGUUACUUGCGACUGUCAAGGUAUUGGUUAUGUGGGUAAAAACUGUCACUUUACAGAGCACCGCAAAACGUGUGAGGAAUUGGCUUUGUUGGGGUAUACUAAGUCCGAUGUUUACCUAAUUGAUAUCGAUGGCAAUGGUGUCUAUCCACCUGUGCAUGUCAAGUGCGAUUUUCAAAGUUUGGAAAAUGCUACAAAAACAAUCGUCGAACACAAUUUACCAAGUCAGGUUGAUGUACGUUCAACGCUUGAUAGUGAUUUUAGUUUUAAUAUUCGUUAUCGUGAAUUCCCACCAGAAAUGUUACAGGAAUUAAUAUCGCACUCACUGUAUUGCACACAGUAUAUUAAGUAUGACUGUUAUAAGGCACAGUUGGAAUUGCAUUCGGCUACCUGGUUUACUUCAUCCUUUAAAAAUCACACUGUUGAUUUUCUAGGCAAUGUUAAAAGAGGUGCUUGUCCCUGCUCCGUCAACAAAACAUGUGUGGACCCAAAUCAAUCAUGCAACUGUGAUGUAAAGGAAAAUAAAUGGCACUCAGACGAAGGAUACUACACAGAACCACAUAGUUUAGGCAUAACAAAUAUGUUUUUCCUGCAACAAAAAGAUUUGGAUGAGGAAGCACAGGGACGCAUAACAUUAGGACCAUUAGAGUGUGUCGAAACAAAUACACAAAAAUAUGUCGUGACUUUUACCACCUCACAGUCUUACAUCGAAGUGCCCGGUUGGCGUAAAGGCGAUAUUGCGUUUUCGUUCCGUACAACAGGUGAAAAAGCCAUAUUGCUUUUUCAACCGCCUAUUCGACCAUAUUAUCCUUCAUUUAUGGUCGCACUUACCGGUGACUAUCAGUUGACAUUCAACUUUACACUAAGCACUGGCACUACACGUGAAUUGGUGAUAAACUCACGUCGCAAGUUAAACGGUGGUGAAUGGCAUAAAAUAUGGAUUGAUUACAAUGAGUAUCAUGUACGUUUCAUGAUAAAUACAGACUCUCAAAUGGUUGAUCUACUGCCAGAGGAGGAGUUCGGCCCAUUUGAAGGUAGCAUGUAUAUUGGCGGUGCAACAGCCAAGUUUAAUGAUAAUUAUGAUGAUGAUGUUGAUGAUAAUGACGAUGAUGGUGAUGAUAAUGAUGAUAAUGAAGACGAUGACAAUUAUGUUGAUGUUGAUGAUGAAUGA